UUCUUUACUAAAUAAUUCUUUGUGUGAAAAUCUCUUAAUUUAGCUGUUGUUAUCAAGUACGUUUAGGGUAGAUCUGUAUCUAAGUAAAACGAAAAAUUAUUAAACAGCAUAAAAAAUUUAUGACGUUAUGAGGCAUUGGACAUCAUUAUAUAUUUGCAUGACCAGCUUUGACGGACAAAGACUUUUUGCCAAUGGCAUAUUUCAUGCUUGGUUUGCCGAUAUAAACUGGAAGCUUGUUUAUUUACAAACUUAAUUAGUCCUAGAGCUUGACAGAUAAAUAUCAAUUGCAGAGAACUUUUUCUAGAGAUCCACAAAGUGUUUUAAUGCGAUAAGCGUUAUUUUGACCUUGUGCCAGGAAAGACAAGAAUCUAAUCAAUAAUUCAGAAUGAAAGCUAUCCGCUGUUGUAGAAAAUCUACUAUAAAAAGAAACAUUGGUGGAGUUUAUUUGCCUACAGCUAAAUUUACAUUUUAACUGUAGCUUCUUCUUCAUUCUCAUCAGUAUUUAGGCCAAAAAUUUUAUACAAGUGAAAUGGGCGGCAACAACUUGUGGAAUUAAUUCUGCCAUACUAUCGUAGAUUUUUAUCAACUGAGCAUCGCUUGACAAUGGCCAGGGUGCAGAGAAAUGCGACUGACUCGGAGAAAUCGUUGUCGACUUAUGAUGAAGAAACAGAAGAUGAAAAAUCAAAAGAUAAAAAUGUACAAGUCAUAUGUGAACACAAUGAAGAAAAGUCCUUAGAUGAAACUUUUACAACUGGUCAACACAGGAAUCUAAAUAAUACAACUGAGAAUACGUCAGAUAUUGGGAGUAUUGUAAACAAGACAAUUGAAAGUGUCAAUGAUAAAGAGACAGACUUGUAUGGAGAGGUUGCUAAAGAAAAGAGUUUGAGUGAUGAAGUAGGACCGACAAAGAACGUAGGGGCGAUUGCUUUAUCUCUUAUGGUCAAAGGUGACACACUAAAUGAUCCAUUAGAAGUCGCAGCUGAAGAAGAUGUUGACAUUUUGGAAGCAUCUCAAAAGAAAGAAAAGGAGAUGCAAAAAGAAAAGUUUGAUUUAUCUAUGGCUGAAAAGGAACCUUUACUUACUAGCGGCAGACAUUCCGGUAGACGUUCUGCUUUUCGAGAUUUACACGACGAGGAUAGUGACGUAAAUGUCGUCUAUUCGCGUCCCGGAAGUGCCAUUGAUGCGAAUAUAAACGUCACCUACCACGACAGCAGCAGUGAUUACCAUGACUACAGCACGCGCAUUGAUGGAGGACGAGCCAAUGAGAAUGGUCCUUGUCUGGAUGGUUCUAUUAUUUUGUACAAAAGAAGAUGGUAUAUCCUGAUGAUCCUUAGUUUAUGCGUUACUCUUCAAAAUGCAGUGUGGGGUACAUGGGGUCCCAUUGCCGAAUCUGCUAAGUUUGUGUACGGUUGGGACACAACAAUGGUGUUUAUUAUAAUAAAUUGUGGCAACAUUGGUGUCCUGCUACCAGCACUGUUUACAGGUCACGUGAUCAGCAGUAAAGGUUUACGAGUAUCAAUGAUCUCGUGCAGCUUCUUGUUGGCUCUUGGUGCGGGACUUAGGACAAUUAGUAAACAUAAAACUGUGGGAACAAUACUUAUCGGAGCAGGCCAGUUUUGCAAUGGCCUUGCCGGAAGUAUUACUCAGGUUAUUCCGGCUGCGUUGUCCGAGGCCUGGUUUCCUGUUCAUGAAAGAGCUACAGCGACCGCUAUAGGGGUCAUCUCUAACUCAUUGGGAAGCAUAGUUUCAUUCAUGCUUGGUCCAAAUCUAGUCAAUGAACCAAAUAGUGACAACACAAUAACAUCAAAUGCAAGUUUUCUUUACACGGAUAUUUCUAAUACAACCAAUGGAAAUGAUACUCGUUCUCAAGAAACAGAAACGAUUUCACGCCAAAUUUGGAUAUUAACUAUGAUUGAGUUUUGUGCGGGAGGUUUUCUGUUCAUUUUAACUAUUGCGUAUUUCCCGGCACAGCCCCCAUCACCACCAAGCCGGUCAGCUCGGGAAAAGAGAAUCAACUUUACUCAGGGAUUAUGUUCUGUGAUCAGACAGCCAUUGAUACUUCUUGCAGCCAUGUCAUGUGCAGUGCCGUGGGCUGUGUAUGGAAACUGGAUGGCUCUCCUUAAUGUAAAUUUGCAUGAAAUAGGUAUAUCACAGAGUCAGUCGGGACUGUUUGGGUUUUAUGCAUCAAUAGCCGGGAUCAUUGGUGGCAUUGCAAUAGGAAGAAUUGCCGACCGUUUUCAGCGACGUCUUAAAAAAUUUGUAAUGCUGGUUUUCUUCCUGGCAUUGAUACUCAUUAUUUGGAUAACAUGCAUGCGACUAAGCUACCUCCCUAAAUCAAUAGUAAUGUUUGGAGUAUCGAUAUCAGCACUGGGUGUCAUUGAUGAACGCGGCACUACCAUUGUGUUAUGAGAUGGCGUGUGAAUGUGGAUAUCCCAUACAUGAAGGAAUAAUUGGUACUUUUAUAAGCCUGGAAAUAAACGCUGCAGCUGUGAUAUUUUUACUUAUUAAAUUUAUUCCAAAUAUAGGUGUGAUCUGGAUGAACUGGACGUUUGUUGGUGUAUUGGGUACCAGCACAUUUUGCCUGGCUUUCUUGAGAGAGAAAUACCACAGAACAGAUGUAGAUAUUGUAAUAACUGUCGAGCCACCAGAUAACAACAAAUAAAGUAACGGGCAGAUAAAGGAAUUAGACAGAUAAAGAGGGGGCAACAAGAAGAUCAGCUUCUAAGUUAACAUUAGACUCACGGGAAUGAGAAUGUUUCAUAAACUCAUGAAAUGACGCCAUCAACACCAAAAAUGCAUUCCACUUUGAAAGAUAAUGACGUAAUAAGUAUGUAGUUUUGUAAGGAAGGGCGUCGCGAACCUUUUCACUGUUAUAUAGCAUUUUAUAUAAGGAAAUGAAGACUAAACUUGUGGUAGCAAAUGAUCUCAUAUAUAAACAAAGGGGCCUUACAUUCCAUUUUCACACUGUUGACAUCUUUCACACUAUCACUUGAACCGGAAGAAGUGUCAUCUUGGCAUCAUUUUGCAAAUCAUCUAUCUAUGGACCCAUGAAUAUAUUGCGUGUCAUUGCAAGGACAUUACACGUGUAUACAUGUAUUAAUUUAGCAAUGUUAUGAUUAUAUUCGGCAUACGUCAAUACUAUUGUGAAACCUAUUCUACUGGAAAUGAAGUCGAUGUACAUGCUAAAAUUGUGUGUAUUUCCCCUGGUUUGAAUUUGUAAUAGUCUAUUGAAAUUUUCAGGGAUUGCAAGGUUUGCCUUUCUUGCUGUGAUUUGUGCCAAAGACUAAUCACUUCCGGUAGGGUUAAUUGUACAUGUAUAUUAUUCAUACAGAGUUCUGUGAACGCUGCGUUGUUUCUAUUUCCUAUUUUAUCAUAUAAGCCUAAGUUUAAAAUCUAGCAAUAAUUAGUGCUUAAAACAUUUCGUUCAUUGCAAUAUUAUGUCAUUCAUCAUUUAUUGUCAACUGGGUUAUAAAUAGAUACUAUUUUUGUUGUCAAAUAUCAUAUAAUAUUUUAUAUUAUUUAUUGCUGGUUAUUUAUUUAUCCAUUCAUCGAAUUGAGGGUGCCAUAUAUUUAAAACUUUUGUAUAUUAAAAAUAUUGUGAAUGUUUUUUGUUGAUAUUGUUGGUGUGUUGUAUCCAUAUGCUUGUAAAGAUGCAUGUUCAACUAAAACAAGUCAGAACAUAGAGUUAAAUUAUUUUUGAAGAAAUUCAUGGGCUUAUAGUAAUAACUGUUAUUCAAUAUUUUAAUAAUAACCGCUCUUAUG